GAUGGGAAAUGAUGUGUUUAUCAGCCUCCCCACUGGCAGUGGAAAGUCAUUGUGUUACUGGAUUUUGCCUAAAGCUUUUGACAACUUGUACAAUACAAGUGGAUCUCUGGUGAUAGUUAUAAGCCCAUUGAUUUCUCUCAUGAAGGAUCAAGUUGAAGCCAUAAGGACCAGAGGAAUCACAGCAGUUUAUUCAGAAAGUCUUUUGUGCAAUCUCGAAUGGAGAGAUAUGCUUCAGUCUCCUGUGUUUGCGGACAAACUGGUUGCAUUCGUCAUUGACGAAGCGCAUUGUGUGAAAAAAUGGGGAACUGAAUUCAGGAGGGAGUUCUCAAAUUUAGUAGAAGUUAGAAGUUUAAUACCAGCAAGCGUACACAUAAUGGCAUUGACUGCGACAGCUACUUUAAGUAGUCGAACGGCCAUUUGUCAAAUUCUAUCAAUGGUUAACCCAACCGUGGUGUCUGUGUCUCCAAACAAGCCUAAUAUCAAGUACCAUGUGAACAGAAAAGAAGGUGAUAUAGAAGAAACAUUUGCACCAAUUGUGGAAGAAGUGAGAAGUUGUCGCCUAUCAAUGGAUAGAGUGAUAAUAUUUUGUCGGUCUUACGAUGAUGUGGCACAUAUUUAUCUGUUUUUAAAGAACGGAAUUGGAUGUGAAAAUGUUGAACCAAUUGGAGCCCCAGACCUAGCAAAGUUCAGACUUGUAGAUAUGUUCACUGCCUGCACAGUACCGAAUGUCAAAGAAUGUAUUAUCAAGUCUUUUACUAACGUUACUAGCCCUCUUAAGAUUGUUGUAGCAACUGUAGCAUUUGGUAUGGGACUGGAUUGCUCCAAUAUUCGAAGAAUUAUACACUGGGGACCUCCAAACGACAUUGAAUCUUACAUUCAGGAAACUGGGAGAGCUGGCAGAGAUGGUAAAAAAGCAACUGCUACUUUAUAUUAUAAUGGAAAUGAUUUUAAAUUUGACCGUGUUGAUGUAAGUAUGAAGGAAUAUUGUAAGAACAUAGACACUUGUCGCAGAACACUAUUGUUGAGGGAUUUUGAUCAGACAGGAAAACUUAGUAUCGGAAACUGUAAAUGCUGUGAUAUUUGUACAUCUGUGUGUAAAUGUAUAUUAUGUUCACAAUAGCUCGCAACCGUUAUUUAUAAAUUGAAGAUGAUAAU